CUGAACAAGCGUGUGAGAAGAUCCAGGAACAACAUCAGAUACUCACCGGGAAGGCAAAAUGGACAGUUGUGUUGACAAUGGGAAGCUCAUGGGGGAAAAAAAGGACAUUUUGACUGCAAAGGAACUUAAUGACAUAGUGGAACAGACAACAAACCAUGAUUUCGAAAUCUUAGAUCACUACAUAAGACCAGCUUGUGAGGAAGGCCUUAAAGGAUUUGUCGGGGACCACUUCAAGAUGACCGUAACCGUAAAGGAAUGUGAUCGUGUGAGGAAGAUGCAUUUGUUUAUCAAGACUUUGCCGCUGGUGAAUAAGCCAAAGACAGAUUUUAUUAUUGAAAACCAAUUUUUCAAGAGGGAGGCUUUAAUGUUUAAUUUGCUUGAAGAGAUGGAAGAUAUGGACGGUCAGAACUCUUGGUACUCAAAGGCCUUCAUUCAUAGCGAUAAGCUUCUAGUAAUGCCUGACCUCUGCGUGCAGGGCUACGAGGCCUAUCCUACGCAAAGAUAUUUUGAUAAAGAACACGUGUUGGCCACUGCCACGUCUCUCGCACGUUUCCACGCUGCAUUCGCGAAUUAUGUGUCAAAGAAGACAGCUGAAGAUUGUGGGUACGAUUUUUUUGAUAUUUACGGCGAUAUUGUGUGCGAACCGCCAAUGUCCUUUUGUGAUUCGCCUUGGAUACGAGCUGCUGCAAAACUAAGCAACAACUUGCUUAAAGAGUUCUCAUUAAAAAAACAUGAGUACCCAACGGACUUGGAGGAGAAAUUAUGUAAACUUUUUGUUAAAGGCUGUGCCACGCUAAAAGAAUAUAAAGAUACACUGAAUGUUAUAGUUCACAAAGAUCUGUGGGCAAAUAAUAUACUCUUCAAAUAUGAAAGUGGUAAAAUUACAAAUGCUGUGCUACUAGAUUUUCAGUGUAUUCGCUUCGCUCCACCUGCGUUUGAUGUCAUAUCAUUACUAUACUUGUCUACUUCUAGAGAUUUCAGGGAACGAUACGGAAAUCAAGUACUCCGGCAAUACUAUUCUGAAUUCAAGGAUAAUUUGAAUGAGCUGACGACAAGAAGGUUGCAAGAUUUAGGUUAUGACGAAGAAUCAUUUUUGGAUUGGGUUGAGAAAGCAAGAUUGUUUGGCAUGUUGGUGGCGAUUGCUAUAUUUCCGUAUGCUUUAAUGGAACCGAGUGCCGCUCAAAAAGCAUUUGAUAAUCCAGACACGUAUGUGGAAUACUUAGAAGUAGAUAGAUCAGUGCCGGUCUUAGCCCAUGCACGGGAGAACUCCCACUACAAAAUCAGGCAGUUGGAAGUUUGCGAAGAGUUCGUUGAAAGAUUUGUAUCGACAUCUUAAGCGCAAAAAUAUUCGAGAUAAGUUUUAGCAAAUCAAUAACGCUGGUAUCCAAAUGUUUCCUUUUUUUUAUUACCUUCUUGAACGCUUUCUUAGGUAGUAAUUUGAAGUCGCUAAUUGCAGAUCUUCCCUCCGAUAAAGGUAACACCCUAAUUCAAAUUACUUAGUUCUCACUUUAUUUCGAUCAGAUUAGAAAACAAGGCCAUUACUAAAAUUUAUCAAGAUCUCAAGAAGAGAGUUCUACGAGCACUCGUUUACAGUGCAAGCCAUUGAGCUGUCGACAUAGGGCAGUCUAAAUCACUUGAUAAAUUUAAGAAAGCUGUCAAAAAUCACUAAAGUUUACAUUAAGGACGAGUUGUAAUAUUAUUUACUGUUAUUAAUGUAUUUA